AUGGCUUCGGUCGACCAAAAAGUUGCAUUGAUUGUGAUCGAUGGCUGGGGUAUUGCAGGCCCCAACUCCCCUCCUGAGGGAGAUGCCAUCGCCGCGGCCGAUACCCCACACAUGUCUGGCUUCGCCGAGCCCAACUCCAAGACCGCCCAGGGCUUCGCCGAGUUGGAUGCCUCCUCACUCGCUGUUGGUCUGCCCGAGGGUCUGAUGGGCAACAGUGAGGUCGGUCACCUGAACAUUGGCGCUGGCCGUGUUGUCUGGCAGGAUAGUGUUCGCAUUGACCAGACCCUCAAGAAGGGCGAGAUGGGCAAGGUGCCCAGCAUUGUCAAGUCUUUCACCCGUGCAAAGGAGGGUAAUGGACGUCUGCACCUUCUGGGCUUGGUCUCGGAUGGUGGCGUUCACUCCAACAUCACUCACUUGUUCGCCUUGCUCGAGGCCGCCAAGGACAUGCAGAUUCCCGAAGUCUUUAUCCACUUCUUCGCCGAUGGACGUGAUACCGACCCUAAGAGCGCCGACAAGUACAUGCAGCAGCUGCUUGAACGGAUCCAGGAGAUUGGCCUCGGCGCCAUUGCCACUGUCGUUGGCCGCUACUACAUCAUGGACCGCGACAAGCGUUGGGAGCGUGUUGAGAUUGGCCUCAAGGGUCUGGUCACUGGCGAGGGCGAGGAUAGCUCCGACCCGCUACAGACUAUCCGCGAACGCUACGAGAAGGGCGAGAACGAUGAGUUCCUGAAGCCCAUCAUUGUUGGCGGCAAGGAGCGCCGUGUCCAGGAUAACGAUACCCUCUUCUUCUUCAACUACCGCUCGGAUCGUGUCCGUGAAAUCACCCAGCUGCUGGGCGACCAUGACCGUUCCCCGCGUCCCGACUUCCCCUACCCCAAGAACAUCGACCUCACCACUAUGACCCAGUACAAGACUGACUACAACUUUAAUGUUGCUUUCCCCCUCAACACAUGGUGCCACAUUGCUGAGACUGAGAAAUACGCUCACGUCACUUUCUUCUUUAACGGUGGUAUCGAGAAGGAUUUCCCCGGCGAAGUGCGCGAUAUGAUCCCUUCGCCCCGAGUUGCUACCUACGAUCUUGACCCAAAGAUGAGUGCCGCUGCUGUCGGCUCCAAGGUGGCUGAUCGUCUUGGUGAACACAAGUUCGACUUUGUCAUGAACAACUUCGCCCCUCCCGACAUGGUUGGCCACACUGGAGUGUACAAGGCCGCCAUUGAGGGUGUUGCUGCCACUGACAAGGCCAUUGGCGAGAUCUACGAGGCUUGCAAGAAGAACAACUACGUGCUGUUCAUCACCGCCGAUCACGGAAACGCCGAGGAGAUGCUCAACGAGAAGGGCACCCCCAAGACUUCCCACACCCUUAACAAGGUUCCCUUCGUUAUGGCCAACGCCCCUCAGGGCUGGAGCCUCAAGAAGGAUGGUGUCUUGGGUGAUGUUGCGCCUACCGUUCUCGCUGCCAUGGGCGUCGAGCAGCCUGAAGAGAUGACCGGUACCAACCUGCUGGUCAAGUCCUAG